AUGGCAACAAAACUACUAUGUCUUUCCCUGCUGGUUCUAAAUCUCGUCCUUCACAUGCCUGACAUCGCAGAAUCCGCAACUAUCAACCGAUCCAACCCAAACCCGACAGCAGACUUCAUAAAGUCCUCAUGCAAGGCCACGCGCUACCCCGUCGUGUGCGUUCAAAGCCUCUCAGGCUACGCCAGCAAGAUUGGGCGGAGCGAGCAAGAACUAGCCAUGGCUGCCCUGACCGUGAGCGUGUCCAAGACUCGUUCAUGCACAUCGUUUCUUAAAAAGAUGGUGACGGAGAAGGGAAUGAAAGGAAAAGUGUACAAUGCAGUGCGAGAUUGCAUAGAGAACAUGGAUGAUGGCGUGGACCGUCUUAGCCAAUCGGAGAAGGAGCUCGGGCUCGUGGGCAAGCCCAAGGGGAAGGAUUUCCUGUGGCAUAUGAGUAAUAUCCAGACUUGGGUUAGUGCUGCUAUAACUGAUCAGGCCACGUGUCUUGACGGCUUUGAUGGGUCCCGUCUUGAUGCUAAUUUGAAAGCUGCCAUUAGGUCUAGGGUUGUGGCCGCUUCUCAAGUCACCAGUAAUGCUCUUGCGUUGGUUAAUCGCUUUGCCUCCAAGUACCGCACUCAAACGCCAUAA